AUGCAAAAAGAUUUCGUCCGCUGUACAGGUUGUGUUGCACAGAUGUAUUUCUUUCUGUUCUUUGGGGCUACUGAGUGCUGCCUCUUAGCUGCUAUGGCGUAUGACUGCUACCAAGCCAUAUGCAACCCUCUGCAUUCCAUGGAUAUCAAUAAGAAGGUAUGCAUGCAGCUGGCUGCUUCCUCAUGGAUAUGUGGCAACCUUGUGGUCCUUGGGCACACUACAUUUAUCUUCUCUUUGCCUUUCUGUGCGUCCAACAUGAUCAACCAUUUCUUCUGUGAGAUCCAACCAGUGCUGAUGCUAGUAUGCAGCGACACUUACUAGAAUGAGCUACAGAUCAUUCUGUCUGCUGCCUUUGUCAUCCUGAUGCCUUUUCUGCUCAUUUUGGUGUCCUAUGGCCUCAUCAUUUCCUCCAUCUGCAAAAUCAGGUCUGCCAAAGGAAGGUAUAAAGCAUUCUCCACUUGCUACUCACAUCUCACUGUAGUGACAUUAUUCUGUGGGACAGCUGUGUUCAUCUAUAUACGUCCCAAAUCCAGUUAUUCCCUGGAUGUGGACAAAGUGCUCUCUCUGUUCUAUUCUGUGGUGACCCCUAUAUUGAAACCUGUUAUCUACAGUCUUAGGAAUAGAGAGGUGAAAGGUGCUCUCUUUAAUAUGAGAAAGAAGCUAUUUCACCCUAACUCCUAGGUCAGUUCCCCUCAGCUGAACAACCAUCCACAAAUACCUCACCUCAGAAGAAGAACCGGCAGAUUGCCAGAGUGAUAUAGGAAAGAUCAGUGACGGGACUUUAGGAUAGGAAGGCAUUUAGCUCACCUGAGUUCAAAAAUAGUAAUUAGGUGUCUAAAUAGGAGUAUCUGGUGGCAUUUGAAGUGCAUAGUUUCCAGCUGCCAUUAUAGAACAUGUGCAUCUCCAUUGUUAUAGUUGCCAGUACCAGUUGAAGAUCUUGGAUACAGAGGAUGUCUCACGUGAUCCCAGGCACAUACCUUUAGGCAUAAGAAUUACUCCCCAGAUGUCUGUGACAUGCUAGAGGGAAGGGAUGCCAUUCAGAGGGACCUUGACAGUCUCUAGAAGUGGGCCCAUGUGAAACUCAUGCAGUUCAAGAAGGCCAAGUGCAAGGCCCUGCACCUGGAUCAGGGCAACCGUCAAUAUCAAUAGAGACUAGGGGAUCAAUUGAUUGAGAGCAGCCCUGCGGAGAAGGACUUGGGGAUCCUGGUGGUGAGUGAAAAAUUGGAUAUGAGCUGGCAAUGUGCACUUGCAGCCCAGAAAGCCAAUUGUACGCUGGGCUGCAUCAAAAGAAGCAUGGCCAGCAGGUCGAGGGAGGUGAUUCUGCCCCUCUACUCCGCUCUUGUGAGACCCAACCUGGAGUGCUUCAUCCAGUUCUGGGGUCCCCAGUUUAAGAAAGAUAUGGACCUGUUGGAGCAGGUCCAGAGGAGGGCCACAAAAAUGAUCCAAGGACUGGAA